AUGGCCGCGAAGCCGGCCGAGCUGAUGGGCAUCUGCUCCAGCUACCAGGCGGUGAUGCCGCACUUCGUCUGCGUGACCGAGGAGUUCCCGCCGCCCGCCCGCCCCGCCAAGACCCCCAAGGGCAAGCUGCGGCGGCCGCGGCAGUCGCGCUUCAAGACGCAGCCGGUGACUUUCGACGAGAUCCAGGAGGUGGAGGAGGAGGGGGUGUCCCCCAUGGAGGAAGAGAAGGCCAAGAAGUCCUUCCUGCAGUCCUUGGAGUGCCUGCGGCGGAGCACCCAGAACCUCUGCCUCCAGCGGGACCGCCUGGGCAGCUGCCGCCUCCGCAACAGCCUCGACUCCAGCGACUCGGACUCGGCUCUCUGAGGGCGCCGGGGCUCAGAGGGACCUGGCCCGGCUCGGAGGGACCCGGCCCGGCUCGGCGGCACGGACUGAGCUGCAGGGAGCCGCGCCGCCGCCGGCACAGGAGCGCCGGACGGGCGGUCGGGUCGGGAUGUUUUCUAAGAAAGCGCUUGUACCUUCGUUUCUAUUUGAUUGUAUGAAACUCACCAGACAAAAAAAAAA